AUGUUUGUUUUCUGGAACCAAUUUCUACAUUUUCUGCGAACCCAAUUCGGCAACUCCCUCUCUACGUCUAGAAGGAAGGCCUUUUUAUCUUUCCUGUUUUCUAUCUUUCAGCUCUUUCUGACCGUUCAGGACUAUCGUAAAGUUAGAGAUGGUCAGACAUCUUGUAAGUUUCUUGUUCUUUGUGUUUCAUCCUUUGGCAAAAUAGGAAUUGAGAUCCUUUUGGUUUUACUUAAUUUAGUUGCUGGCCUAGAUUUACUUCUAGGUUUUCUAGAAGUCAAGUUUGGCGACGUCCUCUCUAGAUUUAAAAAGAACUUUAUACCUUCACUGCUUUUGAUCGUUUCGGGGUUUCUCCCGCUGUUACUGGUGCUGUUUGGAGUUACAAAUGAUCGGAUAGCUACUUUCACCGGCUACUUUUGGUCCGCCUGCAAAGAUUGUAAAUCUCCUUGUGUUUCAUUCUUUUGCACCGACGUAAUUCAAAACCUUCCCUUUGUAAUUAGUGUAUUAGUUCUUCUGCUACAGACACACAACGAGGACUUCCAUAGAUUAUUUCAACCGCAACUUAAAUUUUGCCGAUCAAGAGCUAAUUUUGCCAAACUUCCUGAUGAUGUCAUUUUAAACAUCAGUAAUCGGUUAACAUCUUCUGAAGAUUUGGUCGCAUUCGUAGGGGUCUAUCGUUCAUGGCGUUCUGCUUGUUUAAACAGGCGCUGCGGACCACGCCAUCAGUUUCCACGGCUCAUGCUUUCUGAUAGAGAGAACAGGUCCACCAAAAGUUUUUAUAGUGUUGGCCGGAACAAGAUUUAUGAACUAGAGCUACCCCAGGCUUGUGGAAAGCGAUGUCAUGGUUCUAAUCAUGGCUGGAUUGUGACUAUGGAUCCUGAUCUACGAGCCCACCUUUUACACCCGCUGUCGCAAGCUCAACUCAGCCUUCCAAAAUUAAACACCAUUCGGAAUCCAAUAGGUGUGCUUGUGCCCGUUGAUCCCUUUCGUUUCAUUCACAAAUGCAUUCUACUCAAGACCUCCCCUUCCCAGGAUGAGUUUCUUGUUAUGGUGAUAUUUGGGCCAAAGCAUAGGUUGGCUUUUGCUAAACCUGGAUCUGUUGGAUGGACGACCGUUGUGGGUGCGGAUGGUUUCAAAGAUAUUCUUCUUUUCAAGGGCCAAAUCCAUGCCAUUUGUGGUGAAGGAAGGCUUCUGCGCUUUAGAUCUGAUGAUCCUGAAUCAACACAUAGGAUUAUUGCCUAUCCUCCUGAAGGUGUCUUCAGAGAUGAAAGAAUAUAUCUUCUGGAGUCAUCAGGAGAACUUUUGGGCGUUUUCCGAUUUUCAUCCAGCACUCCUUUUGAGAAGAGGUAUGACACAAAAAGGUUCUUCGUCUACAUGCUCGACUCCGACAACGAUGGCAAUCUAGGGACUUGGCUGAGAUUAAACCACUUGGGGGAUCGGGCAUUAUUCGUUGGAGAGGGCAAUUCUUGGUCCGUUUGUACUGCCAAUAUCCUCAAUUGCAGAAGCAACUGUAUAUACUUCACAGAUGACAAUUGGGAUCAAAAGGUGAGAGGAGAAGAACAGACGUUAGUAGGCCCUGACAUUGGUGUAUUUGACAUGGUGAGCAAGAAAAUCGAACGUCUGGAAUUGGGUCCACACUCUCCUUGUUAUCAUUCCAGGUCCGUAUGGUUUACUCCUAGUCUCCUACCUUACAAGAACUACCAAGCUUGAGGAGUACUGCCAGGUAUGAAUGGGAAAACUUGGAAAUUGUGGCCUGCAAAACAGAAUAUGAGACAUUAGUUUGCCCGAUUGCUGAUGCGGAAACAUGGGAUAUGUUGAGUCAUUUGUGGUCUGAUGAAUCUGAUGCAAUAUUUUUCCUUUGGGAUUCUUUUCUUUUUUUGGAUUGCUGAUGCAGAAACAUGGGAUAUGCUGUGUCAUUUGUGGUCUGAUGAAUCUGAUGCAACAUUUUUUCGUUGGGAUUCUUUUUUUUUUUUUGAAAGUUAGAGUUUUUUUUGAGUUUCCGACUAUGGUAACCGAUGAUCAAACCCAGCCAUUAAGAUUUACAAGCUGUUUAUCAUUUCAACA